CCGGUGCCUUGACACUCGCGAAGAAUUGACGUGUAUUUAUUUCGACCGUUGUUUCGCCGAUGACUCUCUCAAAGUUGUAAAAAUUGCAGAACAAAGCCGGUGUUUCGUUAGCUAAUAAGUUAAAGUAGCGUUAAAUUAGUGAAAAUGUUUCAUACAUUAUACUUGGGGGUAUUGCUAUGCGUGGCGGGGUCUCAGGCCCUGUACGACUCGUCCUCUGACGUGGUGGAGCUAACGCCAAGUAAUUUCGACCGUCUAGUCACAAAUUCCGAAGAAGUAUGGAUCGUAGAAUUUUACGCUCCGUGGUGCGGACAUUGUAAAAACCUCGUACCAGAAUAUAAGAAAGCUGCUAAAGCGCUAAAGGGCAUCAUAAAAGUGGGUGCAGUAGAUGCUGAUCAGCACAAGAGCUUAUCAAGCAAAUAUGGAGUCACUGGUUUCCCCACAAUCAAGAUCUUCACUGGCUCCAAGCACACUCCGUACCAGGGCCAGAGGACCGCAGAUGCAUUUGUUGAUGCAGGUAUCAAGGCAGCUAAGGAACGAGCGUAUGACAAUUUGGGCAAGAAGUCUGGAGGCUCCGGAGAUAAGUCGGACGUGAUCACGCUCACAGACAGCAACUUCAAGGAGCUGGUGCUGGACAGCGAGGACCUGUGGCUGGUGGAGUUCUUCGCGCCCUGGUGCGGCCACUGCAAGAACCUCGAACCACACUGGGCUAAGGCCGCCACGGAGCUCAAGGGCAAGGUGAAACUCGGCGCCCUCGACGCCACCGUCGACCAAGCUAUGGCGAGCCGCUACCAAGUCCAGGGCUACCCCACCAUCAAAAUGUUCCCCUCGGGCAAGAAGACCAGCGACUCCGUGGAGGACUACAACGGCGGCCGCACCAGCAGCGACAUCGUCACCUGGGCUCUUGAGAAGCUUGCUGAGAAUGUGCCCGCUCCUGAAGUACUACAGAUCGUGUCUUCAGAAACGAUGAAGGCAUGCUCCGAGAAGCCCCUGUGCGUGGUCUCGGUGCUACCACACAUCCUCGACUGCAAUGCGGCGUGCCGCAAUGACUACCUCGCCAUUCUCAAGAAACUGGGCGAGAAAUAUAAGAGCAAGAUGUGGGGCUGGGUGUGGUCGGAGGCCGGUGCGCAGACCGCUCUAGAAGAAGCGCUGGAGCUGGGCGGCUUCGGCUACCCCGCCAUGGCGGUCGUCAACGCCAAGAAACUUAAAUUCUCCACCCUCAGAGGAUCCUUCUCCGAGACCGGCAUCAACGAGUUCCUCAGAGACCUGUCAUUCGGCCGCGGCCAGACUGCGCCCGUGCGCGGCGCCGAGAUGCCCGGCAUCGUGUCACAUGACCCCUGGGACGGCCAGGACGGUGAGCUGCCCCUUGAAGAGGACAUUGACCUCUCCGACGUUGAUCUCGAGAAGGACGAGCUAUAGACGAAGCCAGUGCGAGGACUGCCAGUGCGCUCAUUUGGGAAAUAAGUUUCUAACCUUAAAAUGAUUUUAAAAAGAAGUGUUUUUUUAUGAUACUGAAACUGGUGAUUUUGAGAUUAGAAUUUAAAAAAAGGGAGGUGAGUGCGCAUUACGAGUUGUGUUGUGUCGAUCAUUUUCAUAAGUCAUUAAAUUCAGAUUAAAGAAGUAACUUGUUAAUUCUCUAGGGAAUUUAACAACACAAAUAGUUGCAAACUUCAAGUCUCAAACUUAAUAAUAAGAUCUAAAGCAAAUAGCUUUCAUAAUUAUGAACAACUUUUAUUGUAAAAGUAACCUCUUGAUCUUUUAUAACGGCAAAAUUACUUAGAUGUGUCUAACUAAAAUUAAUUUAAAAGCUUAUAAAAUGCACUAUUUUACUAAAAAUCUGUUUUUCAAUACGUUCUGUAUUACAACGCUUAUUUUAUGAAGUUCAGACUAUUUCUACUAUUCUGUUUUCCAUAUAUUUUUUAUAACUGCUAUAAAACGAUUUAAGAUCUGGAUAUAAAAUUGUGUUGAAGUCUAGUCAAGGGUCCCACUUUGUCACUUACCAUAAGGACGAGAUUUGCUUGUAUCUUUAUACGAAUAACCUGUCAAAGCGUCUCAAUGGCAAGCGACAAUGUGGGACGUUUUGCCGGCCGUGGAUACAAUAGGGGGUAUUACUGCAAUGUUCUGCCGCCAGAGUGCAGCACUAAACAAGCUAGUAAACCAUAGAGUAACUUACACAUACUGCGCCUUAAACUGUUUUUUGACAAGUUUUCACAGACAAUACAAUAUGUCAUUGAUGCAUCAAGGCGGUUUGUUAACAAGGGCUUACCGGGAAACGCGAGAAUCGAAAUUUAGUUAUCUGCCUCUUUAUCGCUCGAACAUGCAAGAGUGAUAGAGAGGUUAGAUAACGAAAUUUCGAUUUUCUUGUUUCGCGGUAGACCUCCAGAUUGUGAUGGAUUGUGGUAGUAGCGCCCCCUACGCAGAGUUUCGCGUAAUAUUCCUUUUUGUUUUUGGAUUGUAAAAUAUCCGUGUACGGUAGAGUGACCUCCAUACAGGUGACAGCAGGGCUAUUUUCAACUAUUGGGCAUUAUCGUGUUGACCAUUGGGAUGUUUACUUUACUUAUUUAUUAUGCAUACACAUAUCUACAUCACACUUGACUCACAACUGGUUAAUCUAAUCGUGCAUUUAUUGGGAGACGACGCGUGAAUGUGAUGAGUGUUAUGUAAUUUAAUUUUUAGGAACGUACCUGUUAUCUCUUAUCUAAAUUUUCAGUAAUGACUCAUUGGAAUAUGGCUCAUAUUCCAUAUAACUUAUCUAACUGCAGUUGUUUCCGUUACUGAUUGUAAAUCACUUUCAUAUCUGUAGGAAAACUGUUUUGUAAAAUUUGUAAUAAUAUUCUUCCAUAAAUGUUACAAAAUUAUAUUAGUUAGUGUAACAGUACAGUAAAAUUUAGAUAAUUUUAUGAAAUACAAAAUGAAUUCUUUCCUAAUAAAUUUACAAUUAUACA